GCUACUGGUAGCACAACUGCAAUGGCACGAUGCUGGAUAUUCUGCUGUCUUCUGCUAGUGUCAGGCCUCGUUUCGGUUCUAGCAGACGACUACGAAGAUGCAGACGACGUCAGUGUGGAAGAAGAAUACGCGAGGAUCGAUGCGAAUAUGACACAGAUUUUGGAUACAGUUCGAAAACGAAUAAACCAGGAGCUCGCACCCUUCAUUGGUGACGUUAUUUACGACCCGCGGUUGGAGCCGCAGUGCGCGGGGGCGCUGCUGAAACUUGGAUUAGGAAUACAGAAUUUGGACCAUUGGGCUAUAGAGAUGGUGGACGCAAGCGGAAAACCUCCGUCGGGUGCAUUGCGAGGUCGCCUCGGAGACUACGGUUCGUACGAUGAAUGUCUCAAGGUUCGUCAUCCUCGAGGUUCUUUCCAAGGGCGCUACUGCAUGCUCCACGUCAAGAUAAAGCCCACACCUUUGAUGUUGGAGUUGGCCAAGAAAUUCAUGGACUACCACGACAUCAACUACGUAGGUAACUUCACCCUCAUGUCCCGGUCAAGAUUGAAAGAUCAGUUCCCCGGCUUCAAGCUGGGUGUUUGUAUCCCCUCCACCUGUCAACAAGAAGAUCUACAGUUUAUCAUUGAUACUACGAUACGAAAGUACGGCAUCAUACUGGAAGUGAGCAACUGCAUGGUUGAAGAACCUCUCAAAGUGGACCAACGCCAGCGCGUUAUUCUGUGUGUCUUCGGUUCGUGGCUUCUUCUUAUCCUGGCCGGAACAGCGUACGAUAUAUUUCUCAGGUGGAUCACCCCAGACAAGUUGUCUCUGUCUGAGAAGCCCAAAGAACGAGGUGUGUUAUCCAAAGUAGCCCGAUCCUUCUCUCUUGUUCGCAACACACGCAAAUUACUGAGCGUCUCCAGCAAGGCAGGAAGCAGCUCGGAACUGGGCGUCAUCCACGGCAUUCGUGUCCUCUCCGCCCUCUGGGUCGUCUUGGGACACAGCUACAUCUUCCUCGACCCACACAACGACGGCGGACUCAUGUACCUCUUAGAGAACAUUAACAGCAAUUUUCUGUUUUCCGUACAAAUGAACUCCUUCCUGGCCGUCGAGAGCUUCUUCACGAUGACUGGGUUUCUCAUGUCGUACCUCGCGGUGAAGAACUAUCACCCGGGAGUUCCUGUGCUGCUUGUCGUACCCAUGACUCUAUUUCGGCGGUACAUAAGCUCACGGUUUGUCUUGUCUGAAAUCCCCAUGUGUCGCAAGAUGGUUUCUUCCGACUAA